GUGUGUCUGUCGUCCUCCAACAGCAUCAACGUCAUGACUCGUCUGCUGCUCGUAGCCGUGCUGCUGGGGAACCUGGCCGUCUGCGUCACAGCUCAAGUUCCAGAGAUGCUCGCUCCACCCACCCAGGUGAGGUUUGACUCUGUGGACUACAGAAACAUUCUGCACUGGACUCGGCCCGCCAACGACAGCUCACUGCAAUACUACGUCCAGUGGAAGAUUUAUGGCGAGCCUCAGUGGUUGGACGUGGAAGGCUGUCAGGGGAUCCAGAGGCACCAUUGUGACCUCAGCGACAUGACCUCUGACCUCAGGGAGUGGUACUACGCCAGAGUGCACGCUUCCUCCCAGCCGUCCAGCAAAUCAGCCUGGGUCCUCUCCCCGAGGUUCAGCCCACGCUGGGACUCCAAAAUCAGCUCUCCUGUGCUGAGGCUGAACCUCACGGAGCAAGGGAUUGUGGUCCGUGUGAAGCCCCCCAGGCUGCUCGUCCGGAAGAUGCCAAACAGUCUGCACUACAACAUCUACCUCAUGCACACCAGUGGAGAGGAGGAGGUGAUUGAGAUGGACUGCUGCUCUAACAAGCUGACUCUGAAAGAGCUGAAGCACAAGACCAAAUACUGCCUCCAAGUCCAGACCGUGGUCCCCCUCAAGAGUAGCGCUCGCAGCUCGGUGAAAUGUGUCACUACGCUCUGACCACACAGACAAACUCUACCAACUUGACACACUGAUGAUGACUGGACUCCUCAUCCAUCAGUUCAGCUUUAAUUAUCCAUCGCUACCUCGACGGCUGCAGCCAUAAAUAUCCGUGCCAAUAAAUGUGAUGCACUUUAUCCUUAAAAGCAUUGAGGAUCUGACAUGUUGAACUGUGAAGGUAAACUUCCAUUUCAUUUGUACACUACUUGAAUGAUUUAAAGGGGACAUAUCAUGAAAAAUUAACUUUUUCUUCUUGUUAUCUUGUGCACAUGUCAGGAGCGCCUUCCAACCCACAAAACUGCGAAAUAAGACAACCCAGUCGUUUUUUUUUGUGGGCUGCGUAGAUCAGAAAACAUGUGAUUCAACAGGUCAUUCAGAUUUGGCUCCCCUUCCUAUGUCACAUGCAGGCUCAUUAGAAUAUACUGCCCACAGCUUGAGAACCACCUUUGCAAAGAUGCACAGUGGCUGUAUCCGAAACCUCAUACUAUACUACUAUAGCAGGAUGUACGGAAUUGGCCAAAAUGUAGCAUGUAGUAUGCAGUAUGCAAACUAAAGCAAAAUCUACAGUUUGGAAAAAAUCUCCAGUAUGCAU